AUGGCAUCAGAACCCACCUCGUUCCUCCCGUACCACGAGCCACAAAUCACAACCAUCCUAAUCCAAAGCGCCCUCCUCCUCGCUCUCAACAUAACCAACACCAUCUUCGACAAGCUAAUCUUCUGCGGUCUCCUCGCACAAGUCUUCAUCGGCGUCGCAUGGGGCACACCCGGUUCAAAAUGGCUGGACCGAAGAGGACUAAACACAAACUUCCACGCCCUGAAACUAAAUCUCACCCUCUCGGUCCUGGUCGCAAUCACGGGAAUCAGUCUCCCCAUAGCUCUCUCCUUCAUCCUGCACUCCUCGCUGUUGAACGCCACGCCGCUCCAGGCUUUUGCUGCUGGAGCAGCGCUGUGCUCUACUAGUCUAGGCACCACGUUCACGAUCCUCGGUUCUAGUGGGUUGGCGGCGACGAGGUUAGGCGUUGUGUUGAGUAGUGCGGCGAUGAUGGAUGAUGUGGUGGGGUUGGUUAUGGUGCAGGUGAUUUCUAAUCUUGGGGGUGGAGGGGCCGCAAAGGAGGGGUUUAGGGGUGUCACUGUUGUGAGGCCGGUGGCUGUUUCUGUGGGGUUUGCUGUUACUGUCCCGCUUGUUUGUCGAUUCGUCGUGGUGCCUUUGACUGUGCUGGUUAAUGGGGCGAGGCGAGAUGGCGUGGUGGGAAAGGUUUGUAGUGCGACGUAUACGCCGUUUAUUAUUCAUACAAUGGUGCUGCUUGGGCUUGUUACGGGUGCUAGUUAUGCAGGGACUUCGAAUCUUUUUACUGCUUAUUUGGCUGGGGCUGCGGUCAGUUGGCGGGAUAGUGAGAUUGAGCAUUCAGGGCCAACUACGGGCCUUGUUCUACCUGAACCUGCUAGCUCAGCGUUGGAGCAGAGUAACUCUGUUUCUGGUAUUGAGCUUACGAGGUCACCCGCAAGGACAGAAAGACGAGGCUCUGGUCCAGAAUCCAAAGAGACGGGUCGAGGGGCAGUUCGCGAUGGGCAGCAUGAAUCGAGUGGCAUUGCAGUAUACGAGAAAUAUUACGCAACAGUUGUACAACGCAUUCUAAAACCAUUCUUCUUCGCAUCAAUCGGCUUCUCCAUCCCAAUCACGGACAUGUUCAAUAGCGAAAUCGUCUGGCGCGGCAUCGUUUACACAAUCCUCAUGCUCUUCGCAAAACUCGUCACAGGAAUGUGGCUUAUUCGCCUGGAUAUCUCUUGGUCGGAAGUGCACAUUCCGAAGUAUAUUCGCUCUACCGUAACAGCUCCGGCGUUGUGCUUUUGGUGGAUGUAUGGAAAACCCAAGAAGGAAGUGAAGAACGGUAGCAGCACUACAGCGAACGUUGAAUCACAUGAGAUGAGAACACGAGGAAAUAAGGACAAGAGUAAAGACGCAACAACACCGCUAAAAGCAGGAAUUUCUACACCAGCUGAUCCUGCAACCUCAUCGACACCGAUACCAUCAUCACCCAAAAUCAAAAAGCCACUCUCCCUUUAUCCAGCAGCAAUGCUAGGCACAGCGAUGACGGCGCGUGGUGAAAUAGGCUUCCUGAUCGCGUCUCUAGCUGAAACAACCGGGCUCUUUGCUUCCUCUCCCCAGCAAAGCAGUGGCAGCUCGGAGAUAUAUCUGGUGGUCACGUGGGCCAUAGUAUUAUGUACCAUUAUUGGUCCGUUGGGCGUGGGCAUGCUGGUGAGGCGGGUGAGGAGGCUGCAAAAUGGUAGAGAAAGCAAUCUAGGAGUAAAUGGACCUCUGGGCAUUUGGGGCGUCGGUUGA